GUAUUUAAAAAAAAAAAAAAAAAAUUAAUAAAAAAUACAAAUAUAACAUCAUGCCUUUGCAGCACAUAAACAAUUGACCUGAGUUGGCAUGCAUUAUGUUGUUAGCGGCACAUCCUUAUAGUUUACCGCAUUUGUUAUAAAGUUUAAUUACUGUACUGAAAAAAAAAAUAAAACCAGCAGUUGUUUUCAUUUUUCUAAGUCGCUGCUUGUUGCAUUAUGUCGUUAGAUUAAGUUAGGCGCUAGGAGGGCAGCGCUGUGUGAGGGGUCCUGGUGGUCUUUCCCCUCUGUGUUCAGGAAGCUGCGGUUUCUAAUAUUCUGGACUCGUUCGUUCCGGAAUACAUUGUGCUUCGAUGGCGGAUGAACAAGAGCUGGAAAAGAAGGCUGUGGAAGAGCUUCUCAAGGAGGCAAAGCGUGGUAAAGUUCGAGCUGAAACCAUGGGACCUGCAGGCUGGGUGAAGUGUCCUCUGCGCAGCACCAAUAAAAGAUUUCUUCUGAAUACUCUCAGGAACACAUUUCCUUCCCGAGGACUGGGUAAAGCCAAGGGAACGGGAGGUAGAAAUGAGAGGGAUUCGUCUGGGAGCCACCAUACAAAGGACAGGUCGAGGAAACCAAGCUACCACCCUUACGAACAGGAGCCCCGCUCAGGCAGAGAGAGGGACAGGUCCCCAGUGAGGAGCAAAGAGUCCAGCAGUGAUCUCCACAGGCAGGGCUCCCCACCCAGGAGACGAGACAGUGCUGCCCUUCAAGAGAGCUCCUCUCACAGGGAGAAACACUGAACCACACAGCUCUUCAGUGAGGGGACACACCGGGACAAGGAGGCGCUUUUUUUUUUUUUUUUUUUUUAAUUUUGUUGUUAUGUUGUUUCUAAAGCUGAGGGAACACAAAGUCACUUUGUGGUUUGAAACUUGGUUUCAGGCCACUGCAUGGAACACCAGGGGAGACUCAGGGUUUGAUACGGCAAAGUUGCCUCAAACUAGGUCUCCUGGAACCAAGUUUCAAGCCACUGUUACUAAAAAAGAAACAAAUAUUCU